GAGUGCAAAACAAACUCGUAGAAAUGUCAAUCACACUGCGGUAGUCGGCAACAAGUUCUUCACAACAGUUGGUUUGUUGUUUUCAUCUGUGUGCCUAUUGUGCCCAGAAAUCUCGAUUGGUAUGGAACAGGAGAAGCCCUAUUAUGCUGUAAUAGCCGGAUUGUGUGCUUCAUUUGCAAGUCUCUCCGGAAAGUUGACUGCAAACAGUGGCCGUUUGUUGGAUUGGGCAGGACUUGCUGCCUGGCCUAGUGGUGAACUGCUCGUUCAAGCUUCAUGCGUGCUGAUUAUGAUUCUGCUCAAUGGUUGCGUUUGGCGAUUCUUUGUGAAAGCACUGCACGCAGGAUCCGGAUCAACGCUUCGCGCUUCUUUAGCCAGUGCUGCCACAAACUAUGUAGCUUCGGCAAUUCUGGGCUUGGUGCUAUUCAACGAGCAAAGCACACUGCUCUGGUGGUUUGGAACGGCACUGGUUUUGGCGGGAUUACUGCUGAUCAUCGGUGGUUCGGAUGAAGAAACUAUAGAUGCACAACCAAAACGAACGCACGUGAAAGAGGAAUAAAAUUUUUACUUGGUGUUGGAUGGCCUUAAAGCGUGUUACGGACAACGGUUUUGAUUCGCUGCACCAAAUUGAAGAUCGGUGCAACUACCACGUACAGUGCGAUCGUCCCAAUCGCAAUCACCAGCGUUAGGCGCACGUUAGCGUCGUUAUCUUCCUGGAACCAAUGCGAAUAAACGCCCAACGAAAUUGUCGUUGUAGCCAACAGGUACGCGACGGUUCCCGCCAUACCGUGCAUCACCUUGCUGUACAUCGGGCUUAUAUAAUGGCGCAGCUGAAAGGCAUACUUCGUCGUAACACCGCCCCCGAUGGAUGCCAGCGUGAAGCACACGGUUACAAGACCAAAUAUGCCAUGCAGCGUCUGAAAGUGUGGCUUUCCAAGACGCACUUUGUUGAGAAAGAUGCACACGGAUGCGAUCGUGAUCAGUACGCCGGC